UCGGAAAUUACAUUACCAUUAGAUGACCCAUAUACACCGGAAAUAGGGAACUGUAUACAACUUCCGACAGUUUUUAAAGUUUGUAGGAAGGAAGCGGAUUGUAAACGUCCAUUCUAUGAUUGUUGUGUGCGGCUGUGAGAGAGAAUUAUUCUAUGAGAAAAUCAAAUCAGAAGACUGUAGAUUGUUUUAAAAAAUUCAAGGAUAAAAUGGUUAAAGUUAGAGAAACACCUGAAGAAGUAUCCCCAAUCAAUGGGGCUUCCACGCCACAUAGAAUAAAUAUGUUAAGUAGUGUUGUUGAAGAAACUGAUAAUGCAAGUGUCAUCAGUGGAAAGAAUAAAGAAUUUGUUGGCAAAAUUAGGCCACCAAAACACCUUGCGCGCAAACCUGCUAGAAGAAAAUUGAUUCUCAAUCAAAAUAAUGUUCAACGUUCAGUGCAUUCGUCUGUUAUUAAAAGUACAAAUCAUACGCUUACAGAAUAUUUUCCAGUACGUCGUAGUGUGAGAAAAUCUAAAAAAGCUGUAUUAGAAGAAAAACAAAGAGACAUAGAAAGUAAAGUUUUGCAACAGGUUGAAGAAGGUUUAGAAGUUAGACAUUUUCCUGGUAAAGGACGUGGCGUUGUAACUACGCGUUCUUUUGCAAAAGGAGAAUUUGUAGUAGAAUAUAUUGGUGAAUUAAUUGAUCAAGUUACAGCGAAGAAACGUGAAAAGAUUUAUGCUCAAGAUCAAAAUGCAGGAUGUUAUAUGUAUUAUUUCCAACAUCGUAAUCAUCAGUAUUGUGUUGACGCUACUGCAGAAUCGGAUAAAUUGGGUAGACUGGUAAAUCAUUCUAGAAAUGGAAAUUUAAUUGCAAGGAUUGUUGAAGUAGAAUCGACACCACAUUUAGUACUUACAGCAAAAGAAGAUAUAUCAAUUGGUGUAGAAGUUUCAUAUGAUUAUGGCGAUAGAAGUCGGGAAGCUAUUCGUUAUCAUCCAUGGUUAGCUUUAUAGCACUUUAAAAUAACAUUUUCUAUUGUAACAACAUAUUGAUAAUAAUCUAUGCUGUUACUUC